UAAUUAACGUACUGUAGUGCGACUAGCAUCAUUGGGGAAUGUUAUAUCUUUAUCUAUCGGAAUUGUUGUAGUUAUGCUUUUUCCACAUGCAGUUUACAUGUAAUACUAAUUUUCAUCAACCUGUAUUUAUUACAAUAUGGAGUACCUUGGAUAGUUGAUAUUAGUUUAAAUUGAUGUAAAUAUAAGAAGAUGUAUAUAAGUAUAUAUACUUCAAUCAUCGUGUUUUCUGGAAUUCUUAUCUCAUCAACCAGAUGCGAGGCUUUGUCAAGACGAGAGAUCACUUCAUAUUUGUUAAACGCCUCUAGAUAUGAUGCUAAUAUUGUUCCUGACUUUGAUGAAGAAUUUCCAACAAAUGUUACCAUACAAAUCACUAUUCACGAUAUGCAUUCUAUCAGUGAAGCAAAAAUGGAAUAUUCUAUAGACGUGUAUCUACGUAUGUGGUGGCGAGAUCCGCGUCUAGAUUUUACUGCAAACACGACAAGUGAUACUAAACUCGAACUUGACUCAAAGAAUACCGACAAUGUAUGGCAACCGGAUAUCUUCUUCCCAAAUGAAAAGAGAGCAUAUGUACAUACCGUGACGUCAACAAACAAAUUGAUGCAUAUCUUCCGGAAUGGAACCGUGGUAUACAGCGUCAGAUUGUCUUUGUCCCUGGGAUGUACAAUGUUGUUACAGUACUACCCAUUUGAUAGCCAGCAAUGCUCUAUUGAUAUACAGAGCUUUGGCUACACGAAUGACAACAUAAAGUUACACUGGCACGAGAGACAGGGUAUUAUCACAGAUCAUCUUGAGAUGCCACAGUUUACGUUACUAGAAGAUGAAAUAGUUACCAAUGACUAUGAAUAUCGUUACUCGGCAACCGGAACGUUCUCGGCGUUAAAAGCAAAUCUUGUGAUGACGAGAAAAGUCGGUUUCUAUUUUCUACAAGUGUUUGUACCAAGUAUCUUACUUGUUGUUUUGUCUUGGGUGUCGUUCUGGGUUGAUCCAAAUGCUGUACCUGCUCGAGUUUCUCUAGGAGUAACCUGCGUGCUUACCAUGACAACACAAAGUUCCGGUAUACGACAGUCACUUCCGCCAGUGUCUUACGUCAAGGCAAUAGAUAUUUGGAUGUUCGUGUGUCUACUCUUUGUGUUUGCUGCGUUACUUGAAUUUGCGUAUGUGAAUGUUCUACAGCGGGCAAAGUCAAAGAAAACAACAAGAUCUGAAGUCAGUAAUGAAGAGAAUGAUAUGGAUGGCAAACAAAAAAGACAGGACGAGCCUAAACCGAAAACGAAUGCAUGGAUAGCAUUCUUGACGAAACCAUUUAACAAGAGUGGGACUGACGGACAAACGGCGGCAAAAAGAGCAGAUAUGAUAUCACGGGUGUUAUUUCCCCUGUCUUUCUUUUUAUUCUUGGUUAUUUUCUUUUGUGUUUGUGGAUUCGCCCCACACCCAAAGCCAGACCAAUAAUUAGGUUGAGUAAAUUUUUUGACCGACAGGGUCGUACUGUUUCCAAAAUGGUGAAUACCUUAAAAUGCACUUGUGUCUUCCAUGUUCCAUUGAAGCAAUCAUUUCUGUGGCGACUACAC